AUGACCUUCAUUUGCGGAUCGAUUAGUAUUAUCUCAUGUGGACGGCUUGGCAAACACACACUCGCCACCGUAGGCUUGGCGAACUCAGUGUUCAAUGUCACUGGUCUGGUGGUUAUAACCGGUUUAUUGACUGCCGCCGAUACAAUUUUUUCUCAGACCUACGGGAGUAAUAAAAAAUACUUGAUGGGCAUUCAGCUGCAGAGAGCCAUCGUCAUAAUCACCUUCUGCUGCAUCCCCUGCAUUUCGCUGCAAUUGCUUGCGGAACCCGCGUUUCUGCUGUUACAUCAAAAUCCACAAACCGCAAAAGACGCAGCGGAUUACAUUCUCUGUGCUUUGCCUGGACUGUGGUUCGUGGCAAUUGAGCAAUGUUUGACCAAGUACCUACAAGCACAGAACACAGUGUAUCCACCUCUAUGGAUAGGAAUCAUUGGAAAUUGUUUGAACGCGUUCCUUCAUUACUUGCUGCUCUACGUGUUAAAAGUUGGUGUCCGCGGAUCAGCUUUCUCUCAAGUGAUCACACACGUGUUCCAAUGCGCAUGUCUUGUGGUAUACGUCAUCGUAAAAGAGAAGAAGGGCAGUACCUGGACAGGUUUGUCUUCAAAUCUGUGGUUGGACUGGGGCAUAUGGUUCAAACUGGCGUUACCGGGGCUGAUCAUGGUGGCAAUGGAGUGGACAAUUUUCGAACUUGGAACCGUCAUUGCAGGAACCCUCAGUGGACAGCAAUUAUCCUCACAGAUAAUUCUUUUCAACACUGAGACUAUACUUGUAAUGCUAGUACCACUAGGUGUUGGAAUGGCCACCAAUGUUCGUGUUGGUCAGUUUCUCGGUGCUGGAUCUGCAGUAGGUCCAAAAUCGGUCAUAUCCGUCGCAUUGGUAACAGUUUGGCUCCUGACCUCGAUGUUCGCAACGGGUGUGAUAUUGCUAAAAUGGCAAAUUCCAAAAGCGUUCACCUCAGACAGUGCCGUCAUAGAAUUAGCUGCCAAUUUGUUGCCCAUAAUCGCCGCCUUCCAAUUUUUUGAAGCAACAUCGGUGCGUUUGUCCUUCUCCUUAUUAUUGCUGACGUCAUAA